UCAAUCCUUUUCGCUUUAGUUUUGUCUUUCCUUCUCCUUUGAUUAAUAAGUAUAAAUCUCUUUUCUUUAUCCGGAUUCCUUUUCAUAAAUAUUUAUAUAUUCAUCGAUUAUAAUAUUCCCUACUAGGAGGAGGAGGGAGGUGGAGGAGGGAGGAGGAGGGGAGGGUAGUAGUUAAUAAUCUGGUGUGUCCCAGUCUCCAUCUCUCUUUUCUUUUUUUUUUUUUCUCCUUUCUCUUUUCUCUUUCACUUUUUUGUUGUUGUUGUUGUUGUUGUUGUUUCUGUCUUUGGUCCUCCAUAGGAAGAGCCAAAUCUUCAUGGUGUCUGUUUGUGGAUGCAAGUGGGUGAAUCUGGAUAUGAAAACCCAAAUCUAAUUCUUUCUUCAUUCUCUAAAUCUAACUCUCAUUCCCUACGUAAACACGGACGACACUCUCCCGCUAACAAGAAGCCAAUAGAAAUGUAAGACUGGGGUAGCACCAGCUAAAUCAAAGCUUACUCAUCUGCUGACUUAACUAGUAAUUACUCUCGCUAGAUACAACAGCUUCAGAGAAAGACUGAAAAUGGGGUCAGAGCAGAAUAGAUUCCCUCAGCAAGAACGGGAACGGCGAAAGAGGUGGGGAGGAUGUUUGGGAGCUUUGUCUUGUUUUGGUGCACAGAAAGGUGGAAGACGAAUUGUACCUGCAUCUCGUAUUCCGGAAGGAAAUGCAUCAGCUGCCCAGCCAAAUGGAGCUCAAACAGCUGGAUUGCCAAACCAAGCUACAGCACUAGUUCCUUCUCUUCUAGCUCCCCCUUCUUCACCAGCAUCCUUCACCAAUUCAGCACUCCCUUCAACAGCUCAAUCACCUAGUUGCUUCUUGUCUGCAAACUCACCUGGAGGUCCUUCGUCCACAAUGUUUGCCACUGGACCAUAUGCCCAUGAGACACAGCUGGUCUCUCCUCCUGUCUUCUCAACCUUUACAACUGAGCCAUCUACUGCACCUCUUACUCCCCCUCCCGAGUUGGCACACCUCACUACUCCCUCCUCACCCGAUGUCCCUUUUGCUCGGUUCUUGACAUCUUCGGUGGAUCUGAAAGGCACUGAUAAGACCAAUUACGUCGCUGCAACUGACCUUCAAACGACUUAUUUACUUUAUCCUGGUAGUCCAGCUAGUGGUCUUAGAUCUCCGAUUUCCAGGACUUCAGGUGAUGGCUUAUCGUCAUCCUUUCCUGAGAGGGAGUUCCCUCCACAAUGGGAUCCGUCGGUUUCUCCAAAAGAUGGAAAGUGUUCAAGGAGUAAUUCUGGUAGGAUGUCAAGGCACGAUACAACUGUCGCUGUGGUGUCUCAGGAUUCGAAUUUCUUCUCUGCUACAUUUGCUCAAUUCUAUCUGGAUCACGAUCCUCCAUUUCCUUAUACUGGUGGUAGAUUAAGUGUUUCCAAAGACUCAGAUGUUUAUCCUUCUAAUGGAAAUGGGUACCAGAACAGGCAGGCAAAAAGCCCAAAGCAAGAUGUGGAAGAACUAGAAGCAUACAGAGCUUCCUUUGGAUUCAGUGCAGAUGAAAUAAUCACUACCACACAAUAUGUGGAGAUUACUGAUGUAACCGAUGACUCAUUUACCAUGACCCCAUUUCCCUCAGAUAAACCUACCUUUGAAGAAAGUAUGGGGCCUGCAUCACAAAAUGAAGGGCAGAGAAAUCAGAAAACACAGGCAAACUUGCUCUGUCAGAAAAGCUGUAAAUCAGAAUCAGAUCUUGAUAAUGAAGUGAAAAACUGUGAAUUACAAACUGAGUGCACUGCAGCAUAUGAAGAUCAUAAAUCAAGGAGUCAACCUGGCAGCAUCUUUGGAUUAAGUGCACCAGACAAUUAUAAUCUGACUGAUGAUGAGGACUUAUUCCCAAAGGUCGGUUCAUCCAGGCUCGAUAGAAAAUACCAUCUUGGUUUGUCAUGUUCUGAUGCAGAGAUCGACUAUCGGAGGGGAAAAAGAUCAAGAGAAGGCAGAGGAGAUUUUGCAUGGCAUGACUAGAAGUUAGGGCAGGAAGUUGUCUUGUUUCUCACAUGCAUUAAUUUGCACUUUUCCUUUGUCACACGCUUGGGCUUGGAUUCUGCUGUGAUAGGUGGAAUCAUCUUUAACUUUGACCUAACCAGUUCUUUCCUGCUCCUCCAUCUUUGCCCUUCAGGUUUGUGUACCUGAUCUUUGGUUGCUGAGUGUAUUUACUAUGAUCCUAACUUUGUGCUUCUCUGGAAGUUGUAUGUGAUGCAUCAAUUAUAUAUAUAUAUAUAUAUAUAUUUGGUAGAUGGAUGCACUGUUACUUAAAA